UUAGUCCUCCAAAAGCCCUAGUUUGAUGGCAAGGUUUUACGUCCGGCCAGCCAGCCCUCGAAAUAAUUCCGCAAAAAUUCAAUUGGUUUUGCGCCUACAUUUCUGCCUCUCUUCCUCGGAAGCCCUGCAGCAGCAAGAAAUUGAAUCGAAACAAACGAUAUAGUUAUCUAGGUUCGAGCCUGUCCAACCGUUCAACUCCAGCUUCGGUUUGCGCUCAACGGGAAUCCUGUUUUGAUGUAUUUGGUUUGGUCUUUCAGGGGGAACUACCUAGUCGCUGCAAGAUGGGGAAGCUGGGAAAGAAGGCGAGGAAGUUCGCCAAGAAGAAUCUUCAGUCAGUGAUGAAGAGGCAGAGGAAGCAGAAGUCUGUGUUCAAGAAAAGAGCUACGAAAAAAGGGGGUCGUGGGGAUGAAGUUGUAGAAGAAGACAGUAUACAACAGACUAAUGACAGAAGCAUUCAAGUUGAGGAUGUUGGAGCUCUGUCUUUUGAUGCAAUGUUCAAUGAACAUGAUAGUGAUGUGACUGGAGACGAUUCUGGGAGCGAUGGGUAUUUAUCCGAGGAGGCAGGCUGUACGGACAUGGAUGAAACAAAAACGGAGAGUAACCUUGAAGACAGUGGUGGGGAUACCGGUGCAUCUGUGAAGAAUAGAAUUGUCUUUAAGGAGCUAGCAAAGCAGAAGAAAAAAUUGGACAGAUUGAAAGGAAAGGAUCCAGGAUUUGUCAAAUAUCUUGAGAGCAUGAAAAGUGGUAUUUGCUCCACAAAAGAAGAUAAUCAGUCUUCAGAUGCAGAUGAAAGUGAUGAUGAUAGCAGGCAUUUGAUUGAUGAGGAUGGGGCAAUAUUAGGAAUUGGCAAGUUAUUAAGUAGUUCUACUGUUGAUUCGUUGUGUCAACUUGUCAAGGACCAGCAGGAUGUGCCUUCCCUUGUAAGGCUUUUAAAUGCUUAUAGAGCGGGAAGUCAUUAUGGAACUAAAUCAUUUGGUGUUCUCAGAGGCGCAGGAAGUCUUGCCAAGAUUAUGAUAUUUGUGCUUCAGGAGGCCAACGACGUAUUCCGGAAAAUUUUGGGAGUUUCAAGUUCCUCUGAAAAGAAGGUCAUUUUGGAACUAAGAAAUACAGCGACAUGGAAAAAAGUGAAGCCUCUCAUUAAGUUGUACUUGAGAAGUACCAUGUUUCUUUUGAACGAGGUUACAGACUCAGAGAUAUUAACUUUUGUGCUCAAGCGACUGAGGGCUUCUAUUAUCUUUUUUGCUGCUUUCCCAUCAUUACUGCAGAGACUGAUCAAGAUAUCUAUUCAUCUUUGGACAACAAGUAAAGGGGCUCUGUCAGUGGAAUCGUUCCUCGUCAUGCAAAAUGUGGCUGGUGUGUUUAACUCGGAUUUGUUCGACACAUGCUUUGACAAGGCGUACAAGACCAUAAUUGGGCACUGCAAAUUUGUCGAUCCAGCCUUCUUCGGGCACCUUCAGUUUCUUAAGAAGUCCUUCAUUGAGUUGUGUUCUCAAGAUAUGCAGAAAUCAUUGAGGAAGGCAAUUAUUUCAAUCAGACAACUUGCUAAGAUUUUGCAGCUUGGUUUACAAACUAAGCAGAAGGAAGCAGUAAAGAGAAUAUGCAGCUGGCAGUAUGUCAACUGCAUUGAUCUAUGGGUUGAGUUCAUAUCAGUCAAUAUACACGAUUACAAUCUCCUGCCACUGCUUCAUACCAUGAUUCAGAUCAUAAAUGGAGUAGCAGUGCUUUUCCCGGGACCAAGAUACUUGCCUUUGAGAGUUAAAACUGUUCAAUGGUUGAAUCUUCUGUCCAGUUCAUGUGGUACAUUCAUCCCUGUUACAUCAUUGGCACUAGAUGUUUUGGAAUAUAAAAUUGAAAAAGAAGGCCAGAAAGCUGGAAAGGAUUUCACCUUGUCAUCUGAUGUAAAGUUGCCAAAACACUGGAUGAAAUCUCGAAACUUCCUGGAAGCAUGUGUUUUUUCUGCCCUUGAACUGCUUGCGGUGCACUUUGCUCAGUGGGGCUACCACAUAUCUUUUCCUGAGCUGGCUACUAUUCCGUUGAUCCAUUUGAAGAAAUUCCAUGAUAGGACAAGCAUUGAGAGUUCCCGGCGAUUGGUGAAACGUUUUAUUGAUCAGGUGGAGCAGAAUGUCGAGUUUGUCCGCAAGAAGAGAGAUGAAGUUGCUUUCUCGCCUAAAGACGAGCAAUUAGUGGCGUCAUUUCUUCAGAUGGAAAGUUCAAGUGGCAAUCUUCCAUUUAUUCAGUACUACAAGAGUCUCUUAGAAAAGGCAGCUUCUAGGGAUCUGCUUCUGAGUAAAAACUUAAGCUCUCCGGAGCCGAAGAAGGCGAAAGGAAAGAAGCAACGACCUCCAAAUGGCAUUAUCAAUGCAGCUAAAGAAAUGGAAAUAGGUGAAGAAUAGGAAGUUCCUGUGAGGCUUACUGUAUGAUGCUUGAGAAUCCAGUUUUGUUAUUUAUACAGGAAGCAUCCUAUAGCAAAUUCUUGGGCUCCGAAAAUUUCAGUGACCUAUGCAUUUGCAGUUUUGAAUUUUGAUCGUAUUUAUAUGAGCAGUUAAUCGGGUCGAAUGACCUAUUUUGGCUAUACAUUCUUUCACACUGACAUAGACAUGACUGAUCAUAAUUCAUAUGCAAGGAACAAAGAGGGCGUUUUUAG